GGCCUCGUUUUCAAUAAGGUCGCUUACUCUUCCCGCCCAUUUUUGAAACCUGCAGAGAACCUCCACCCCUUGGGGCUUCUGCAAACCCUAACAUCCUUUUUUCCCACUCUCUGCAAAAUCAGGGUUUCUGCAAAACCCAAACCCUAACCAUCCAUGUGCAAUUUGCUCUCUUCUUCUCAUAUGCUUCAAUAAACCUCUUUCCUUCUCUCUGCUCAAAUGAGUGCUCCCAUGGAGUUAUCCCCUCAAAUUGGCUCUGAAGCCGAGGCUUCUACAGCUAAUGGACCUUCGGAGUCUCUAUCUUCUUCCCUUUCUUCCAAUGAAAAGGUCUUGGUUUCUGUGGAGAUUUGCUUAAACCCUUCAAGUGCGGCAAAAACAGAAGAUGUUCGUGCUGCUGUUGAAAGGAUGCUUGAAAAGAGGAGUCUAAGCUACACUGAUGGUCCAAUUCCUGUACCUAUGGAUGAUCUCUUUCUAUCAGAAAAUGUGCAAAGAAUCUGUAUCUGUGGCAAAGAUGAUGGGGAGGACAAUCGUGGAAUUCUGUUAUUUUGGCAGGUCCAACCAGUUGUGCAUGUGUAUCAGCUUAUUGAAGAUGGGCCAGGAGAGGAUAUUAGUGGAGGUGAUCUUUCUAGCUUUCGAGAAUGGUUUCUUCCAGCAAGGGAAUUUGAUGGCUUGUGGGAAAGCUUAGUUUAUGAAACUGGUCUUAAGCAAAGGUUAUUACGAUACACAGCGAGUGCCCUACUUUUCACUGAGAAAGGGGUGAAUCCAUGCCUUGUAUCAUGGAACCGCAUCAUUCUCUUACAUGGACCUCCGGGGACCGGAAAAACAUCUUUAUGCAAAGCUCUUGCACAAAAGCUUUCUAUACGUCUAAACAAUAGAUACUCUCAAUCACAAUUGGUGGAGAUCAAUGCUCAUUCUUUGUUCAGUAAAUGGUUCUCUGAAAGUGGCAAACUGGUGGGGAAACUUUUUGAAAAGAUCCAAGAGAUGGUGGAUGAGGAAAGCAACUUGGUGUUCGUUUUAAUAGAUGAGGUGGAGAGUCUUGCUGCUGCAAGAAAGGCAGCGUUGUCUGGUUCGGAGCCAUCUGACUCAAUUCGAGUUGUAAAUGCCUUGCUCACUCAACUUGACAGGCUGAAAUCCUGGCCUAAUGUGAUUAUCCUGACUACAUCAAAUAUAACAGCUGCAAUUGAUGUUGCUUUUGUUGAUCGAGCUGAUAUCAAGGCUUAUGUUGGCCCUCCUACUCUCCAAGCACGCUAUGAAAUACUGAGGUCGUGCCUGCAAGAGCUCAUACGCUCUGGAAUCGUGUUGCAUCCGCAGGAUCAGGAUCAACUCAUCCUACCCAGCUUUGCAAGCUUACAGGGGUGCCUGAAUGAUCCCAAGAUGCCAGAUAGAACAAAUCAACUUAAUCUCUCUGAGCACUUGCUUGACGCCGCCAAAGUUUGUGAGGGUUUGAGUGGAAGAGCUUUGAGAAAGCUUCCCUUCUUAGCCCAUGCAGCACUUCUAAACCCUCAUAUUUGUGAUUCUGCCAAGUUUGUGGGUAUGUUAAUAGAGGCAGGCAGAAGGGAGAUAUCAGAGUUAACCAACUAAACUGUGGCAUGUAUUCUUCCCUUUAUAUCAAUGUUGUUAAUAUGAAAUACUGGAUGUUUGUUUGGAAGUAUACUGAUGUUAGUAAGUGUUUCCAUACAAUGUGGUGAAUCUUAGUGGAUGCAAUCAUAAUGUAUUAUUAAAGGAAAUAGUGUGUGCUAGAUGUAUAUUCUAGAUAUUCCUGAUGGGCAUGGGUCUUCUCUCCAGCUACCAAAACUAGAUACUCGAAAAGCUCAAGCAGAGCCAUUGUCACUGUUAAUGUCAUGGAGGUUAUGUGACUGUACUCUCUCUCUCUCUGUCUUGCUCUCUCUUGCUUUAGUCGGAAG